AAAAAACCUGCUACUCUUAUUUAUUUUCCUUUUAUUUUAUUUGUCAAUUAUUUUUAUUAUUUUUUGUAGAUAAUCCAAAGCUUCCUUUCCAUUUCAAUCUACUUGAUCCAACAAUCUAAUUCCUCUAUUUAAUUUCCCCUUUUUUCCUCACAUUUUUUAUGAUCUUUUCAGAGCAAUGACGAGGAUAAGUCGGACUUUUGGUGAUACAGUGCAAAAGGAAGCAGUUCCAGCUGUCUCAGCUGAUGUAAUAUUUGCUUCGACAUCGAGUCGGUUUCCCAGUUACAGAAUUGGGUCAAAUAAUCAGAUCAUUGAUGCCAAAGAAAAUCCUAAAGUUUUGUCUAUGAAGGAGGUUGUGGCACGUGAGACCGCGUUGUUGUUGGAGCAGCAACAACGCCUCUCGGUUCGUGAUCUUGCUAGUAAAUUCGAGAAAGGGCUAGCUGCUGCUGCUAAGUUAUCUGAAGAGGCUAAACUCAGAGAGGCUGCUUCACUGGAGAAACAUGUUCUUUUGAAGAAGCUCAGAGAUGCCCUGGAAUCUUUAAAAGGACGUGUGGCUGGAAGAAACAAGGAUGAUGUAGUGGAAGCUAUUGCCAUGGUGGAAGCUCUAGCUGUUCAGCUGACUCAAAGAGAAGGAGAGUUGAUUCAAGAAAAGGCAGAAGUAAAGAAACUAGCAAAUUUCCUUAAGCAGGCUUCUCAAGAUGCUAAGAAACUUGUCGAUGAGGAAAGAGCUUUUGCUCGUGCUGAAAUUGAGAAUGCAAGAGCAGCUGUUCAGAGAGUAGAAGAGGCCCUUCAGGAGCAUGAAAAGAUGUCUCGAGCUACAGGCAAACAGGAUUUGGAAGAAUUAAUGAAGGAAGUUCAAGAGGCCAGACGGAUCAUAAUGCUGCACCAACCAAGCAAGGUUAUGGAUAUGGAACACGAGCUGUGUGCAUUAAGGAUUCAACUCGCAGAGAAAUCUAAGCGUUCCCUGCUGCUUCAAAAAGAGCUAGCAAGAAGCAAGGGAGUCAAGGAUAAUUUAUCUAAUUUAUAUGAAUUGGAUGGCGCUGAAACUUUAGGUUCAUAUUUGAGGAUCAAACCUUGUUCUGAUAUUGCUCCCGAACUUUCGAAAUGUUCAAUUCAGUGGUAUCGUGUUUCAUCUGAAGGUGGCAAAAAAGAGCUUAUAUCAGGUGCUUGCAAAUCUGUUUAUGCUCCAGAGCCUUUUGACGUUGGUCGAAGCCUGCAGGCUGAGAUUAUUUAUGAUGGCCAGCUGAUCAAAUUGACUACUACUGGUGCCAUUGAUCCAGCUGCGGGUUUGGGAAACUAUGUGGAGGCACUUGUGCGGAAACACGAUGUUGAAUUCAAUGUCAUUGUUACCCAAAUGAAUGGUGUAGAUCAACCAUCAGAAUCCAUUCAUGUACUACAUGUAGGAAAGAUGAGGAUGAAGCUACGUAAAGGAAAGACUGCAAUUGCUAAAGAGUAUUAUUCCAGUGCAAUGCAGCUCUGUGGAGUCCGAGGUGGCGGAAACGCUGCCACUCAGGCAUUGUUUUGGCUAGCAAAGAAAGGAUUUUCGGUUGUAUUAGCAUUUGAAUCAGAGAGAGAUCGAAAUGCAGCCAUCAUGCUUGCCCGGAGAUUUGCUUUUGACUGCAAUAUCAUGCUCGCCGGUCCAGACGAUAGAACUUCAUUAGAAACCUAACAGUCCUCCUCCCGGGUUUUACUAAUUGUAAGUAUGUUGAGCUUUUAACGAUUAUCAUGUACCAUAAGUUUGUACUAGUAGGACAUGAUUGUUUUGAUUCUGCAUUGGUGUUUUUCAUCUUUUUUUCCCGCUUAAAAAUACCAAGGCAUUGUUUUUUUUUUUGUUGUUGUUGUUGUUGUUUGCCUUUUGAAUUGACUAAAUCUAUUUAGGACAAACAAUGUCUGAAUGUCGAUGUCGGUGUUUCGACCAUGCCUAACUUGAGUUUUUCCUCAGGUUCUAUGUAUUCCCUGUUUGCCAUGACAAUGAUGUUAUGUAUAUUAUUGCACCACCUUGUUAGGUUUUUUCAA